AUGCUCCAGGGUGGCCGGCAAGAGCAUUGCAACGCUCUAGGGUGGCCAGCAAGAACAUUGCAACGCUCCUGGGUGUCCGGCAAGAGCAUUACGACGCUCCUGGGUGGUCGGCAAGAGCAUUGCAACGCUCUAGGGUGGUCGGCAAGAGCAUUGCAGCGCUCCAAGGUGUCCGGCAAGAGCAUUGCAACGCUCCAGGGUGUCACGCAGGAGCACUGGAACGCUCCGGGGAGCAUUGCUACGCUCCGGGCAAGAGCAUCGCAACGCUCCAAGGUGUCCGGCAAAAGCAUUGCAACGCUCCGAGGUGUCGGCAAGAGCAUUGCAACGCUCCAAGGUGGUCAACAAGAGCUUUCCAUCGCCCCGGGGUGUCCGGCAAGCAAUUUGCAACGAUCCAGGGUGUCUGGCAAGAACAUUGCAACGCUCCAAGGCAAGAGCACUGCAACGCUCGAGGGUGUCCAUCAAGAGCAUUGUAACGCUCUGGGGUGUCCGGGUGUCCGGCAAGAGCACUGCAACGCUUUAGGGUGUCCUUCCAUCACCCUGCCCCAUCCUCCCUCCUUCCAUCACCCCGCCCCAUUCUCCCGCUUUCCAUCACCCCGCCCCCGUUCUCCCGCUUUCUAUCACCCCGCCCCAUUCUCCCACUUUCCAUCACCCCGUCCCAUUUUCCCGCUUUCCCUCACCCCGCCCCAGUCUCCCGCUUUCCAUAGCCCCGCCCCAUUCUACCGCUUUCCAUCAUCUCGCCCCCUUCUCCUGCUUUCCAUCACCACACCCCAUUCUCCCGCUUUCCAUCACCCCGCCCCAUUGUCCCGCUUUCCAUCACCCCGCCCUAUUCUCCCGCUUUCCAUCACCCAGCCCCAUUCUCCUGCUUUCCAUCACCCCGCCCCAUUCUCCCGCGUUCCAUCACUCCGCCCCAUUCUCCCGCUUUCCAUCACCCCGCCCAAUUCUCCUGCUCUCCAUCACCCCGCCCCAUUCUCCCGCUUUCCAUCACCCCGCCCAAUUCUCCCGCUUUCCAUCACCCUGCCCCAUUCUCCCUCCUUCUAUCACCCCGCCCCAUUGUCUCGCUUUCCAUCACCCUGCCCUAUUCUCCCGCUUUCCAUCACCCCGCCCCAUUCUCCCGCUUUCCAUCACCCCGCCCCAUUCUCCCUCCUUCCACCACCCCGCCCCAUUCUCCCGCUUCCCAACACCCCACCCCAUUCUCUCGAUUUACAUCACCCCGGCCCAUUCUCCUCCUUCCAUCACCCCGCCCCCAUUCUCCCUCCUUCCAUCACCCAUCCCCAUUCUCCCGCUUUCCAUCACCCCGCCUCAUUCUCCCUCCUUCCAUCACCCUGCCCCAUCCUCCCUCCUUCCAUCACCCCGCCCCAUUCUCCCGCUUUCCAUCACCCCGCCCCGUUCUCCCCUUUUCCAUCACCCCGCCCCAUUCUCCCGCUUUCCAUCACCCGCCCCAUUCUCCCGCUUUCCCUCACCCCGCCCCAGUCUCCCGCUUUCCAUAGCCCCGCCCCAUUCUCCCGUUCUCCAUCACCCCGCCCCCUUCUCCUGCUUUCCAUCACUGCACCCCAUUCUCCCGCUUUCCAUCACCCCGCCCCAUUCUCCCGCUUUCCAUCACCCCGCCCCAUUCUCCCGCUUUCCAUCACCUCUCCCCAUUCUCCCGCUUUCCAUCACUCCGCCCGUUCUUCCGCUUUCCAUCACCCCGCCCCAUUCUCCUGCUUCCAUCACCCCGCCCCAUUCUCCCGCUUUCCAUCACUCGCCCCAUUCUCUCGCUUUCCAUUACCCCGCCCCAUUCUCCCGCUUUCCACCACCCCACCCCAUUCUCCUGCUUUCCAUCACCUCGCCCUAUUCUUCCGCGUUCAAUCACCCCGCCCCAUUCUCCCUCCUUCCAUCACCCCGCCCCAUUCUCUCGCUUUCCAUCACCCGCCCCAUUCUCCCUCCUUCCAUAACCCCACCCCAUUCUCCCUCCCUUCAUCACCCCGCCCCAUUCUCCCGCUUUCCAUCACCCGCCCCAUUCUCCCGCUUUCCAUCACCUCGCCCCAUUCUCCCUCCUUCCAUCACCUCGCCCCAUUCUCCCUCCGUCCAUCACCCCCCCCCCCCUUUCUCCCUCCUUCCAUAACCCAGCCCCAUUCUCCCGCUUUCCAUCACCCGCCCCAUUCUCCCGCUUUCCAUCACCACGCCCAUUCUCCCGCUUUCCCUCUCCCAUCCCAGUCUCCCGCUUUCCAUAGCCCAGCCCCAUUCUCCCGCUUUCCAUCACCCCGCCCCCUUCUCCUGCUUUCCAUCCCCGCACCCCAUUCUCCCGCUUUCCAUCACCCCGCCCCAUUCUCCCGCUUUCCAUCACUCCGCCCCAUUCUCCUGCUUUCCAUCUCCCCGCCCCAUUCUCCCGCUUUCCAUCACCCUGCCCCAUUCGCCCGCUUUCCAUCACCCCGCCCCGUUCUCCCGCUUUCCAUCACCCCGUCCCAUUCUCCCGCUCACCAUCACCCCUCCCCAUUCUCCCCUCUUCCAUCACCCCGUCCCCAUUCUCCCUCCUUCCAUCAACCCGCCCCAUUCUCCCUCCUUGAUCACCCCGCCUCAUUCUCCGCAUUCCAUCACCCGCCACAUUCUCCCGCUUUCCAUCAUCCCGCCCCAUUCUCCCGCUUCCCAACACCCCGCCCCAUUCUCUCGAUUUACAUCACCCGGCCCAUUCUCCCUCCCUCCAUCACCCCACCCCAUUCUCCCUCCUUCCAUCACCCAGCCCCAUUGUCCCGCUUUCCAUCACCCCGCCCAUUCUCCCUCCUCCAUCACCCUGCCCCAUCCUCCUCCUUCCAUCACCCCGCCCCAUUCUCCGCUUUCCAUCACCCGCCCCGUUAUCCCCUUUUCCAUCACCCCGCCCAUUCUCCCGCUUUCCAUCACCCCGCCCAUCUCCCGCUUUCCCUCCCCCCGCCCCAGUUUCCCGCUUUCCAUAGCCCCGCCCCAUUCUCCGUUUUCCAUCACCCCGGCCCUUCUCCUGCUUCCAUCACUGCACCCCAUUCUCCCGCUUUCCAUGACCCCGCCUCAUUCUCCCGCUUUCCAUCACCCCGCACCAUUCUCCCCGCUUUCCAUCACCCCGCCCCAUCUCCCGCUUUCCAUCACCUCUCCCCAUUCUCCCGCUUUCAAUCACUCCGCCCUAUUCUUCCGCUUUCCAUCCCCCGCCCCCAUUCUCCUGCUUUCCAUCACCCCGCCCCAUUCUUCCGCUUUCCAUCACCUCGCCCCAUUCUAACGCUUUCCCAUUACCGCGCCCCAUUCUCCCGCUUUCCACCACCCCACCCCAUUCCUGCUUUCCAUUACUCGCCCUAUUCUUCCGCGUUCAAUCACCCCGCCCCAUUCUCCCUCCUUCCAUCAACCCGCCCCAUUCUCUCGCUAUCCAUGACCCGCCCCAUUCUCCUCCUUCCAUAA